AGACAUGAAGAAAACGUGAAUCAGUAUAACCAGGCAACCGUAUUUGUUUCAGAGAACAGAACGUCAGAUAUAACCCAGUCUGAUGGCAUUGAAGCGAGGCUACGAAAGAAGCUGUUUGGCUCUGGAUAUGAUCCUGAAUUGAGACCUGUUAUGAACCAAAGCGACAAGGUCACUGUUACGCUUGGAGUCUCUUUGCAUCAAAUUAUCGAAGUGGUAAGCCGCCGCAAAUACUCAUUACUUUGUAAUGUCAUCCUAACCCGGCCCACGGUGUUUUCCAGGUACGCUGCAAUGCGGAUGACAAAAGACUGAAGUUUUUACCCAUUAAGAUUUUUUCACUGUUUCCCCUGGCUGUGUUUGGACUGAAGGACAUAAAAAAUUUAUUUCUUUUUGUCACUUUUGAGCUUUGUUAUGCGUCUCAACAGAUAUGAAUCAUUAUAUAGAGUACCGCCUUAUUGGCAUCUUUAGUUGUAUUAAUCUUAGUUGCGGGAGACAAGAGGAGCCCGCAAUUCUAAUCUCCCGGUUGUUAUUACGCAUGCGUCGCAUGUAUGUAGACGUAGACAGCAUUCAUUUGUACUUUCACUAAGAAUGAAUGGAAUACACAGAACGCUCGUCUGGACCUUCUGUUACUCGUAAUCUGAUCACGCAUGUUUUGACUAUCUGUCACGUGAAACUUACGCAAAGUGGAUUGAUGGAGCAAAAGCGUUUUGACCUUCGAUCGUUGUCGCCAGCACUCCAUAGUUUUGUAUUCCACAGUUUUGGGGCAAUAAAGGAGAAAGCUCGCUCCCCAUAUGUUUUAAGAUGGCAGCGGGCCUGUACCAGUAGUUCUUUAUCAGAAGAACGUAACGUCCUUGAUUGUCUAUAGUGAAUUAAGAGGUCACAUAGAUAGGCAUCGGGCAUAGUUGAUUAAGACAUUUAAAAGUCAGUAAAAUUUUAAAACGAGUAAGCUCAUGAACGGGUAACCAAAGCAGAUCUCUUAGCACAGGUGUAAUAUGUUCGUGUUUACGUGAACCUGUUAGAAGUCGGGCUGCUGAAUUCUGGACGUACUAGAGUUUUCGGACUUGAUCCUGCCUAAAACCUCAGAGUAGUAUUAUAGUGGUCAAUCUUGGAUGUUACGAAUGCGUGGAUCAAAGUUUCACAAUGAAGGAAAGGGAUAUGUUCAUUGAUUUGAGCAAUGUUGCGCAGGUGGUAGAAAGCAGACUGGCAUAUGCUGUUUAUUUGUUUGUCCAUAGACAGUGUCGAACCACGUACUGAUGUUCUUUGCUGAGUUCGAUGAGUAGAUCACAUCUGAGCAAACACGAAUAGAUUCUAGCGGGGGUUGUGGUCGAUAUCGGGCGAGCAAAACAAGGAGCUCAGUUUUGUCGUGAUUGAGCAUCAAUUUAUUGGGUGACAUCCAAUUGUUAACAUCGUGAAUGCAUGACUCAAUGCGCAGUUUGCCGUAGUUGGUUCGCCAGGAGCACUCGUCUUGAAAGACAAAUAAAUUUGGUUAUCAUCAGCAUAAAAAUGAUGGUUCAUGUUGUGUUUACUCAUGAUGUCUGUGAGAGGCUAGGUGUACAUGGAAUACAGGAUGGGACCCAGCACUGAGCCCUGGGGAACACCACAAAGGAGAUUCCGGUUUGAUGAGCGCUCAGUCCCGAUCUUCACGAACUGGGUCCUCCCGGAUAAAUAAGGUUGUAUCCAACCUAAGGCUUUCCCAGUUAUUCCGAAACGAUGUUUUAGCCCAGUAAUGAGAAUGUGAUGGUCUACCGUGUCGAACGCCGCUGAGAGGUCUAGUAACACCAAUAUAACACACUCUCCGUCGUCAAUGGCACGUAGAAUGUCAUUGUGUAUUCGCCUAAGCGCUGUUUCAGUGCCAUUUGCGUUCCAGUUUCUUUCUUUUAGGUUUUUUUAAGUCUGAUGUGAUCCGAGUACCAAGGUGUAGCAGGUCUAAUAGUUACGAUACGUGACUUAGCCGGAGCAUACUUGUCAAGUAGUGACCGCACUGUGUUAGUGUAACAGUCAGUAAGUACUGACACAUCUGUAAAAUUAUGAUUCGUCAGCGUCGAAUUCAUGAUAUCCUGAAUAAAGAGGCCACUAUCCAGCGAGCGCAGUUUUCGGUAUGUAAUUGUCCUUCUCUCAAAGCUCGGUUUAAUCAAACACAAAGUUUCACUGUGUACAGCACAAUGAUCAGAUAUGGCAGGAUCUGAUUCUCUAACAUUACGCACAGGUUCUUUUAUAACUAAAUUGACCAGAAUGUCAGUAAUUCUAAUCUGUUAAAUGAUUUUCAGAACGAGAAGAACCAGUUUAUAACAGUCAGUCUCUGGGUUCGUCAGGUAUUCAAACGUUCUUUCUUUUUCUUGGAACCAUUGUAUUGCAGAAAAGAUAUCUCUCUCGUUUAGUGUUUGCUUGUACAGGAUUAAAAACUCCUGGGAUUCAGAAUCUUUUCCCGAUGCCAUGUUUAUUUUAAAGUGACAAUGAAAAUGAAAGCGAGAAAAUGACUUUACCAUGAGUAUUUUUUAAAAUAUUGCCUUACUUGUGUUUCUAGAUUUGGUUCGAUCCGUUUUUAACCUGGAACGAGUCAGAAUACGCAGGCAUAAAACAAAUCAACAUCGACGCUAAAAGUGCGUGGAUACCUGAUAUUUAUCUGUACAACAAGUAAGUCACUAUUUUGUAGACGCCGGCCGCAUUCAUUUGUUCAUUUACACGUCAGGUACUCUGCAGGAUUUGAAGUGAAUAAUUGCCUGCCUUGUUGGUUGAUAGUGCUGACGCUCAGAAUGAUGGUGCGCUGGACAGAUUUAAAACCAAGAUUGUUCUCAGUUCAAAUGGAAGGAACAUGUGGCUCGGACCAGUACUCCUCACUUUCUCAUGCAAGAUUAAUGUCAACUUUUUCCCCUUUGAUGAACAGGUGAGCAUAGCUACCAGUAGGUGGGAGGAUAUAACCUAUAUGAGUAUGUGCCAGGGUUAGCUCGAUUCCAAACAGUUUAUAAUUAGUCUGGCGCAGGGUAAAUAAAUUGGACGGCAAAUUGUAUUAUCUGACACUCACAACAGACAUAUACCUAAGCUCUAAGUUCCUAACUGCCGUACUGCCCUUGCUCAGAAUUCUUUAUGUAUAGCUCUACCACCUUUCGGAACUCGUUGUCUACCAACAUUCGCAUCUCGCCUUCGAUUUUCCUUUCUCAGUUUAAAUCUUCGCUAAAACAUUUCUUGUAGGAAAAGUGUCUUGUCAGGGUUGAUAAAUCCUACAUAACUUUGAUUCUAUUUUAGCCAGAUACUUUUAUUAUCUCAUGUUUAAUAACAUUUUUUAAAAUCUUAUUGUAAUUUUGAUACUUGUAAAUACGCUGUAAAGUGAUUCUGAAAACUUCUCCGUGGAGAGUCAAUGAAUUCAUUUGUUAUUUGUAUUUAUUGAAUAUAUAUAGAUUAUAAUUUCUGGUUAAUGGCUGUUCGUUGGGAUAUGGUGUUUACUUCAGAAGGGUGGAGGGCCCCGGGGGUACACGCCUAGCCAAUGAUUCAUACAACACUCUCUUCCCCCAAUCUUGGUGCAGUAUGAAGGGUUAUAAAGAAGACUAAAUAUCGGGAAGAUGCGUUUGAAGGGUCAUAAAGAAGACUUAAAAUCGGGAAGAUGUGUUUGAUCUAUUUAAGCUCCCACUUAAAGCAGUAAUAAAUUCAUUUAAAAUCUAAUUUAGUUGUGCUCCAUGAAGUUUGGCUCUUGGACAUAUGAUGGUUACAGAGUUGAUGUACAAAUGGAGAAUGACGAAGGUGACAUUAAAAAGUUUAUCAGCAAUGGCGAGUGGGAUCUGAUAACAAUGAAAGUACAAAGAAAUGAGUUUAUUUACGUCUGUUGUCCUGAACCUUACCCGGAUGUGACGUACACAGUCCAAAUAAGGAGGCGCACAAUGUAUUACUUCAUGAACUUGAUAAUUCCAUGUGCGCUAAUCACGUGUAAGUUUUAGUACAUUAAUGUUUUUACGCACUUAUAUUGAAUGUUAGUGGAUUGUUGGCUCUAUGCGCGGAUAACGUGUGAGAGGUGAUGCACUGAUAUUUUUACGCGCUAAAAACGUGUAAGUGGCAGUAUAUUGAUGUUUUCAUGCGCCAACAACGUGUGAGUGGUAAGAAGGUUAAAUUUGGAGGUUUUAUUGAAAUACUUGAUGACAAAAUGUUUUUCCUAUAAAAAGUUACGCAUUCAUUCGGGUUUUACAAAAGAAACGAUCGUUCACAGUGAAAUUUGAUUACUAGAUCAUUAAUGCAAAGAAUAAGGUUAAAUAUAUUCAUCUGUCUAACAAAAAAAGACUUAUUUCGAAAUAAAACAAAAAAAACCAAACAAAAAAUGCAGUCUCUGAACAAAUCUUUAAAAGGCUUCGGGCUUCAACUGCAGCCUCAAUUACUAUGUAACCACGCGAUAAGAGGCCAUUGUAAUUACAGCAUGCUGUCCAUGACAAAAUGACAGCUCCGCCGUCUUAUAUCUCACGUUAUAGCGAGCGUCUCACUACAGAUUUUCUGUACAGAUACGUUUUUAUUUUUUGUUAUGGAUCAUUUGAUAUUUACCUCUCUCCCUUUUUUUCUUAUUUUAGCCCUGACUCUGUUGUCGUUCUUUCUCCCUCCUGAUUCUGGUGAACGCAUUACACUGGUGAUAACCAAUUUGUUGGCUAUGACUGUGUUCAUGCUGAUAGUGGCCGAAAUCAUGCCUGCCACUUCGGAGGUCGUCCCACUGAUUAGCAUUUACUACACUGGAAUCAUGUUCGAGGUAACUUAGAUACGAGCCAAUAACAUAACCUCGUCGCCGUCAUGUAACCUCACUGAAAAACGUGUUACCAGGCUCUGGCUACAUCAAACUCAACUGAUGGGAGGAGUACCAGGGGCAUGUAACACUGAACCAAACCUCUCAGCAGCUCUUCCCUUAUCUUCAUUCAUUCAUUCGUUCGCUCGUUCGUUCAUUCCUUUAUUCAUUCAUUCGAUCAUUCAUCCACUCACUCGCUCAUUCUUUACUCAUUCCUUCCACUAGCGCUAUAAUAUUCCAUGAAUGAAUUUAAUAUUCCAAAGUUAAAUCUUUUGGGUAAUUGUAGAUUUCCGAUUUAUCUCUGCAUUCUACAUGCGCUGAAUGAGCAUUGAAUUCACGCGCGAGACAGCGAUAAAACUUCUACCUGCUCAGUUGUCUUGAAUUUGAUGAAAAUGUCUUCUUCAAAUGUUUUUUAUCGUACAAAAUUCACCGCUCAUUACUCAUGUAGGAACGCAAAUUUGAAUUUGAUUCUGCUUGCGGUAACGACUAACGGACUCAUUUUUCAAAUAAUCGAUUCAUUAAUUGAAUCUAUAGGGGUACGCUUGACCUAGUGCGACUGCAAUUCAUUUCACUUCUCUAAUAUAUCUUAUGAUGAAUACAAGUGUGGAAUGAGGCAUCACAUGUUUAUCUUCUUUUUAAUAAAAUAAUCUAUUAUAGGUCGCUCUUUCCUUGAUUGCAACAUGCAUGGUGUUGAAAUGCUACUACAAUAACCCUGCUGUCACAGAAAUGCCCAAAUGGAUAAGAGUUAUCGUCUUAAAUUGGCUUGCAAAAAUUGUUCGCGUCAAAGUUCCAGCAGGACUCAUAAACGCCAUGGAAAAACACGUUCAAGAACAAGAAGAAGUACGAGAGGAAAUUGACUUCGAGAGACGAAACUCAAUCAUUUCCCAGCCCAUUACGCGUCAAAGGUGUUUCAGUUCCCCUGGAGACUUCCAAUCAAAGCCUUGCACCACAAGUUCACCAUAUUGUGUCAGAAGUCGCUCGAGGACGGUAUCGUCAGAGCCGAGAGAAUCUGGUUUUGAAAGGGAGGCCUUGUCGACAACUGGACUUCCUAAGCUAUUUCACAAGUUUGAGAGCAGCUUGCAAUCCAUUGAUGAAGAAGAAACAAAUUCAUGGGCACCGGCGUUGUCUGCACCCAGUAAUGCUGCUCAUUCAAUGGAGGUCAUCACGAAAGAGGCACUGCUCAAACAAGACAUACUAUUAAAUAAUGUACGCAGGCUCGUGAAUGUUACGAGAAAAAAAGAAAAGAAUGACAUUAAGAGAGAGGAAUGGAAAAUCGUCGCCUCCAUUGUCGAUGCCUGUUUCUUCUGGCUGUUUAUGGGAGCUCUUCUUAUUUCUACUCUUGUCAUUUUUCUACAGGCUCCAAGUUAUUAA